AUCUCGGUGUACUUAUCGAAUUUAUGUCGGUUUUGUCAAGGUCCUGUUCGUGUUCCCCCGUAGCUGAUACAUCAGAUCAAUGGCGCGUAGUCUAAAGAAGGUGCUCAGCUCAGUUUAGGUCGUAUCUAUUGGUGUACUGUUCCGAGGGUGAAGUAGGAAAAUCCCUCCGUGGCCGAGUUUAUACCAGGCUGACAUUCUAGAAGCAAGUAGUCAUUGUCAUUUUUUGUUUGAGAUUGAGUUGAACUUCUUCGUUCUUCCAAAAGGAAACCAACAAAAUGACGUCCGGUUCCCCAUCUGCGAAGAGGACGAAAGUGGAUCAGCUUUCUGCCCUCAAAAAAAUGACCAGUGUGGUUGCAGAUACUGGCGAUAUCGGAAAAAUCAAGGAGUAUAUUAAGACGAGGACGAUGGAUGUGGAUCAAGGAUUUAAUACAGGAUAGCGAUGGCCUGAAGAUGAAGUUGAUAUCAUCUUUGACUCUCUCGAAUGAUCUGUUCGCGUCUUGAUUUAAUGCGUCAUAGUCAGUGACUGCUCCAUCUUGUUCGUGGCUUUUGUUCGCAUUUUGAUUUGAUGCGUCAUAGUCAGUGACUGCUCCAUCUUGUUCGUGGCUUUUCCUCGUCCAAUUUGUCGAUGUGCGUCCCCCUCAUCCCAUUCUUCAUAGCCCAGCCAGAAGACGCAACGACAAAUCCAAGUCUGCUGCUUGCCGCCUGCUCAAUGCCAGAAUACGAAAAGAUUGUGAAAGCAGCAGUCACGAAGGGGAAAGAGAGUGCGGUACUUGUAGUUGAUGUUCUGCAUCUUUGAAGAGGUGAUUAGUUUUUAGUUGGCAGCUUAGGUGACUAAGUACUUGCUUAUUUCAGUUUUUCGAAUAGUUUUUAGUUGGCAGCUUCAUCACCAUCAGCUGUUUCGCUGCUAUAUUCAUCUUGUAGAAAGGGUGCGUAGAUAUUGCAUAAAUAAUCAUGCAACAAAUUAUACUAGUACAGAGAUACACACAUCGAUACGUUUGUCCAUUGCCAGGGUUCUCACGCCAGCAAAAGCGCUUUGGUGGAUGAGAUAUGCGACCAAUUGGCGGUGCAUUUCGGAUGCGAGAUCCUGAAAGUAGUGGACGGCUAUGUAUCGACCGAGGUGGACGCGAAUCUCAGUUUUGACACCAACGCUAGUCUCACGAAGGCUCGCAAGAUCAUUCAGAUGUACAAAGCUGCGGGCUUUCCGAAGGAAAGGAUCUUGAUUUAAGAAAAAUACCCGCUCAACAUCGUUUUUUAAGGAGGAUUUACUAGUAUGGGGAUUUAAAUCCGAAGAUGUCUCAAGAGGUUCCCGGGGGCCGAUGCCGGGUUAACAAGGUCGCACACUUACCUAGCGAUUGUCAUCGCGCCAGGCUUGUCAGCCUGACAACCGGGCCGCCCGCGUGCGGCUCCCGCAUACGCCUGUUUUUUGUUGAGUCUUAAUGAAGACCACGCUGUUGGGCCCAACUUCGACCGUGGCGUUUCUCUGCCGUCUUGCAUCGUCGUUGAAAGUCCUCCUGCCACUAGACACGGCCAGUAGGCCGGUCCCUAGCUGCCCCGCGGGAUAUUUCCUACGGUUGCCACAUAUUCUUGUUAGCGGCCGGUUCGCCGGCUGCGCGGUCGUUAGCCACGAGGCCGGGCCCGUACUUGGGCCACGGCGUGGUCUUUCCCCCUAUGGGGACCUGAGGUUUAGCUUGGCCUAGUGGGCCCGGGCAUAAGGAAGCCUGGGGGCCAGCGCCUAGCUAAGCUUGCUGCUGAGUCCCCUGCUAUGGUGGCUUCAAUAGCCAGCCCGACUCCCUACCUCUGACCCCCAGCGGGACAGGGUGAGGAGACGGGCCAGCCAGGUUUCCCAUCUGAGAAUGGGCCGCUCUCACCCGGGUCUCGAGGCCCGAAGCUUUGGUGCCACGCGCCUCUGCAGCGAGCUAAGCUCGCUUUGCUUCGGUGCCACGCGCCUCGAAUAGUAUCUAUUGUGUGUUCUCCUGCUCCGGGCCCUCGCGUAGGGAUGAGGAUUUAAAUCUACCCAUACAUACUUUCUAUCACCUAUUUUAAUUUUACGCAACGUGACAAAGUAAGUUAUAUCUUUAGGAGCUUGGAAGUGAAAGUGGGUCAUAAUGAUCUUGGCAACAAGUACACGUCUCUAAAUCCACAAACUCGGCAGUACGUGGGAGUGCAUCCGGGCGUGCGAGGUCCUGCAAAAGGAGGGAAUUCGGUGCAAUAUGACACUGCUGUUUUCGUUUAUGAUAAUGACUUCGACUUGCAAAUGCAGUAGACUUUUCAAGAACAUGAAGAACAUCAAAGGAAGAGUAUCUUGCUAUAGUACUUGUUUCACUUUGCUCCCUUUCCAAUAUAUACGAGGUUCUUCGUAUCUAUCUCAGUUAUCACAGAAGCCUCCCCCCACUCCUUCUCUAACGGCAUUUGUCAAGCAGUCGCAUGCGCAGAAGCGGGAGCAACGCUGAUAUCACCGUUCGUUGGGCGGAUUUUGGACUGGUUUAAGAAAGCGAAUCCGGGUGUGGACUACUCAGGCGAGAAGGAUCCUGGCGUUAUCAGCGUCAAGAAGAUAUAUGAGUACCUUGAUUCUCAUUUUUGUUGAUAGCGAUAGGUAGACUUAGACACCGACUCGAAAUAAUGAGCAGGAAGAGAGCUUUGUAGCAUCGAGUUUUGACAGCAGCGGAUGUGGAUGAUCAUGAUGAGUAACAAAAAUAGUCCACCCUUAACCCACCUCCUAACCACUUCAACUGACGCAGAUACUACCGCCAACACAAGUACGACACGAUCGUCAUGGCAGCUUCUUUCCGAACUAAGGAUGAGAUCGCAUGUUUAGCUGGUUGUGACAAGCUGACGAUUGGACCGAAGUUUCUAGAGGAAUUAGAGAAAUCAGCGGAUCCUCUACCGAGAAAGCUCAGUCCCGAUAUGGUCAAGGUGAAUGGCGGAAGUUCACCAAAGAGUUUAUGGCAACGUGGUGGAAGAGGCUACAAGAUAAUACGUACAGAUCACCGUUGAAUGUGAACAAAGCAAUAACGAUUUAUUUGAGUAAUCGACAUCUUUCGAAAGUAGAGGUACUAGUACCGCUAACACUACUAGGUGGUAGUGUCAAGACUUCUAGAUGAAGGAAUGCGGCACCCUUGUUACCAGUUUCACAACUCCCUACUUUACCCCUCCCCACCUUCAUUCCCAUCCGCUCGACCAAAGAAAAUGGAUGAGAAAACAUUCCGAUGGCAGCUGAACGAAGAUCAGAUGAGCACAGAGAAGCUGUCGGAGGGUAUCCGAAAUUUCAACAAGGACUACGAAAAACUGCGCACUCUCAUUGAGACCAAGUUCCUGUCCUAAAGAAGAAGAAGGACAACUCAUGUUGAAGGAAAACUCAUACUCUUGAAGCGUUCUUACUCGCGAGGAGCAGGCGUACGACUAUGCGAUAAGAAUUCCGCCAGAAAGAAGACGCAGCUGAUUGAUGAAGUCUGCGGGCACUCGAUCGCAGCAGUCUCUCCAGACUGUUGAAAAUAUCGCUAAUCUUGAACCAACUUGGUCUUAUACUUUUACGUUUAUUUCAUUUAAUUUUUUAACUUUCUUCAUCUUCCCAUCUUAUCGUGAUGCACUUUGCUUCUAAUCAAGCUGAGCGAAAGCUUGCUUCCGAAGCUCUUCAAGCUCAUGUUGUAAAUACGAAUACUAGUGGUCUUGGAUACAUCCCGAAGAGAACCCUUCUUGUGUAAAAGUUCUAGUUUCACUGUCUUGUCAAGCUCGCCGAGCAGCCGUAUGAAGGACGGGGCAGUUGUACAUCCUUUCCAGGGACUCAUCACUCAGUCUGCAGAGCAG